UUCUUCAAACUACCACAUACUUUGUUAAAUCGAAGAGUCCCCAGAAUCGCAGGGAGAGAAGAUGGAUUUCGAAUUAAGAGCUGCGAAAGAGAAGCUCGAGAGAGAGCAGAAGGAGAGGAAAGAUAGGGCGAGGCUGAGGGUCGAAAGAGAGAGAAAAGCUAAACAAGAAGCCAUUCGCCAGAGAGAGGCAAUCGAAGCCGUCCAGAGAAUUCGAAGGCUUGAUGCUGCUGAGGCUCAACUCAAGGCUAAUCAACAAAUGGAAGAAAGUUUACUUGCUGGUAAAGGAGUUGUGUUUUUCCGUAUUUUGGAAGCUGUACCUUGUCAGGGUUAUGGAGAUAAAAUCAAAUUGCCACCUUCCUGCUUCAAUGAAUUGUCUGAUCAAGGUGCUCUUGAUAAAGGACCUAUGUACUUUCAACUUUCAAAAGUUCAACAUGAGACUCGUCAUGAUUCAGAGGCCGCUGAACUAGAGAACCUUGGAACAACUCAUUCAGGUGUUCUGGAAUUCACUGCAGCUGAAGGCUUUGUUGAGCUUCCUCCUCAUGUAUGGAACAACUUAUUCCCUGAUGGAGCUCCCAGUGCACCUUUAAUUGAGGUUCGCUAUGUUAGGCUGCCAAAAGGAAAUUAUGUGAAAUUACAGCCAGAUGGGAUGGGUUUCUUGGACAUACCAAAUCACAAGGCUGUUCUUGAAACAGGCCUGAGGCAGCAUGCUACUCUUUCACAAGGUGAUGUUGUCACAGUUAACCAUGGGGAUCUGAGCUAUAAAUUGCAUGUUCUAGAGCUAAAACCCUCUUCCAGUGUAUCAGUGCUGGAAACAGAUAUUGAGGUUGAUAUAGUGGGGCCUAAUUCAACUUCAACUGAUCAGCUUGUCUUAAUCCCACUCAAAUUAGGACAUGCAGUGUCUGGAUUGGUUGAGGAAGGGAAGUAUAUCUAUUACAAGUUCUCUUUAGAUGCUGAAAUUAGUGAGAAAGUGGCCUCUGGAUAUGCCAGUGUUGAGAUUAAGAUAGAGUCAGAGACAGAUGACAGUGAUACGGACCUUUAUGUAGCCAGGCAUCCUAUCAUAUUCCCUACUCAGCACCAGCAUGAAUGGUCUUCCCAUGACAUGGGCUCAAAGGUUUUAAUCCUUAGCCCAAAGGAUCAGAGUCUGAGUGCAGGUACCUAUAGCAUCGGUGUUUUUGGUUUCAAGGGAACUUCAAACUUUCAAAUUUCUGUGGGGGUUCAAGAAAAUAGAAAUCUUAGGGUGGGUGAACAAGCCAUGUCUUCCUCUUUGAUGAUGGAUGCUGAUUCUGUUGAAUGUCGGAAUUGUAAACAUUAUAUACCCAGUAGGACUAUUGCAUUGCAUGAAGCAUACUGCAGUAGACAUAAUAUCAUCUGUCAACAUGCUGGGUGUGGGGUUGUUGUCAGAAGAGAAGAGGCCACGAAACAUGUACACUGUGAGAAGUGUGGGCGUGCCUUCCAACAGGGAGAGAUGGAGAAGCACAUGAAAGUUUUCCAUGAGCCACUCCACUGCCAUUGUGGAGUAAUCCUUGAGAAGGAAGAGAUGGUGCAACACCAGUCCUCUGUCUGCCCCCUACGCCUAAUUACUUGCAGGUUCUGUGGGGACAUGGUCCAAGCUGGUACUUCUGCAACAGAUACGCGAGACCGAUUAAGAGGACUUUCUGAGCAUGAGAGCUUAUGCGGUUCCAGAACAGCCACCUGCGAUUCAUGUGGACGUUCUGUCAUGUUGAAGGAGAUGGAUAUCCAUAGAAUUGCCGUGCAUCCGAAUAAUUAAUCUUGUGAAUGGGUAUGGUCUAGAUCAUCGAUGUCAGAUGGUUCCCAAGGCUUCUCCAGUUGAAGGUUUCAGUGCUUAACGGUUGAUGCAUUUCUGCCAACUUUCUGGCAUUUGUAAGUUGUUACAGUUAUGUGGAUGUCUAUCUGAUAUGCAGUUUAAUUGAUGACCCAAAAACUAUUGGUUA